CUUCAUCUCUCCCUGGCCACACUCUCUUUCUUUCUGUUCUCUUCUCUUCAAGGCAUUAAACUCCCUCGUGGCUUGAUGCUCACAUCAUCAAAUCAUUGGAUCUUUGGAGAAGAUCACCAUUGAAAGCUUUCCCACUUUCUGGUUUCAAUUGUUGGCCGGUUGUUUGUCGUUCUACGAUAGCAUAUCGCAUUAUCAUCAGGCAUGAUGAAGCUCGGGUGGUGCCACAAGUUCAAGUCUCCGUCUCUGGAGCACAGUUAGUCCCUCCCCCAUUCUUGUUGUCUCAGUCAGCAAUUCAGGACAAGGAUCCUCUCCAAGGGACCGUAAGAAUAGCAUGGCUCUAAGCAGGUCGUCGAGCGUUCAACAAGAGUACAAGGCAGCCCUCAGAACAAACUCGUAUGUGAAACUUUGGAGUAAAGUCCAGUCCCAGCUAAUGAGAUCGACAAGCUUCGGUCUCCUCACCUCAGUGUCCUCGAGAAAUCUAUUCAUAGCCCAUCUCUCCGAGACCCUGCUUGAGCCAGGCAGAGAAACCCUGGCAGGCAUGAUCAAGAACCUGCGUCUCCAUCACCUCGUCAUGGAAUACUUAGGGGCGAGCUCGGGAGCAUGUGACAUCUGUGAGCUUCUCCUUGUCGGGGUCCACCAGACUCAAGUGAACUACGGGCGGAUUAGGAAGGUCAUCAGGUUGACUCAGAGGGCCUAUGACUGCUCUAGCAAUUAUACCAACCACCAGUGCGAAAUCAUCUCCCGAGAACUUGGAGCAUUCUCAUCUCUCAGGAAUCCAUUAUUAGUUGUCAGCCGAUUGCAGUUCCAUGACAUUAAUGAAAGCUACACAAUCCUCCUCCAUGAGCUCGUCGAGAAACGCGAGAGGAUUAAGAGGAAAGCAAGGCUGGCUAGAUUGUGCGAGCGACCUGGAAGUUGCUGCCUUGUUGCCUCAUGCAGGGUAAUGGGGAUGGCUUCUUUUGUGCAUGCGGCCCAUGGGGCACUUGUGGCAGUGUCUGCCCCAGGGCUAAUAUAUCGGUGCUUCGGCUUAGGGCUCUUCCCUAAUAAUAAGGAGAAAACAAUCAAUGACAGCCCAUCUACAACAUUUUCAUUCCCUAACCCUAAGAAAUCGAUGGCAUGGGUACGAUGGGCAGCCUUGUUGGGCGACUGCAGGAUGAGGUUGAGCACACUCGAGAGUGGGCCGACAUGGGAGCUAAGAAUUCGAAGAGAGAUAAGAUUCUCAAGGAAGUCGUGAGGGAACUCGACUUGAACAGCUUGUGCUUCAUGGAGCUGCUAGAGGAGCUCGAGGAACACAUCUACUUGUGCCUCCUUGCCAUAAACAAAUCCAGAAGGUCUCUCCUUCAAGAGAUACUGUAAUGUUGUCCUUGAAGCAAGAGGAUGGAAAUAAAUGACCAUCGGGAACAUUGAUAUGGCCAUGGUUGCAGCAAUACGGUCCACUGAUUCAUGAUUCUCGGGGACUAUAUUUCAUUGAUUCGUUCCCGUUAACAUAUUCUUAGGUUAAUACUCAGUAUUCUUGUCUGGGAAUUGCAUAGAAAUCGGAAAUGACCCCGUUUCUUAUCAGCAUCUAUUGCCAAUGACUUGGUAUCCUCAAGUUUUAUUAGGCGAGGGGGCCUCAAUCAGUUCGGGCAAUGAGCUGGGCCUGAUCAUAUUAUUCAGAAGAAACCUAGAUUCUUUGGCUACUUUGUUCGUUAUUGUUGGUUUGUCUUGUUAUUCAUUUUCAAUGCAAAAAAGGUGCCUUUGGAUGCGUUUCCAUCAGGCGCGUUUAUG